CACAAAUUCAGUUUCUUCAACCUACUGUUCUAAUUUGUUAGCUAUUAUAGGCGGCGAUACAAAAGAAGAAACCAGAGAAGUUAAACCCUAAACCCUUUGCUUUUAUUGGAAUUCAAGAUGGACAAGAACAUGCUUGCUGAUUUGGAUGGGCUUCCUGAAGAAGACAAGAUCAAAAUGGCCACCAUGAUCGACCAGCUUCAGAUCCGAGACAGUCUGAGAAUGUACAACUCAUUGGUUGAGAGAUGCUUCACAGAUUGUAUCGAUAACUUCCAGCGAAAAUCCUUGACCAAGCAAGAGGAAACAUGUGUACGUAGGUGUGCCGAGAAGUUCUUGAAGCACUCAAUGCGCGUUGGAAUGAGAUUUGCUGAGCUCAACCAAGGAGCCGCUACCUCAGAUUAACGUUGCAUGAGGCCACUCUGGACAUAUUCUUGAGACCUUCAGUUCGGAUUUUAGUAUGUUUCUUCCAUAUUCUUGAGACCUUCAGUUCUUUCACCUUUGGAAUUGUAGUAUGUGUGUUCUUAUUCUUGAAACCUUCACCUCUGAAUUUAAAGUAUCUUUCUACAUUAUCUGUUACAACUGGGAUUAAGUUGUAAUUUGAUUUGACUUAUGAAUUAAAGUUUUAGUAGGAGACUUCGAAUAAAUGUUUGAGGUUCCAUAUCCAUCAGGAUGAUAACAUAUAUUUACUCAA